GAUGAAUCAGAGAGAUUUCUUGACCCAAGGUUGAAGGCGAAGUCUAGACAGCAUUAUAAAAGCCUCCUGGGCUCACGCUCUUCACCAGUGCUGGCUUUCCGCUGCUGCUCCACGCUUUUGUGCAUUGAAGGAAGGUGAACUUGAGGUUGGGAAGAUGCCCACUUUGGAAGAGCACUUGGAGGGGAUCAUCAACAUCUUCCACCAGUGCUCAGCUCUGGUGGGGAAUUAUGACACCCUCUCCAAGAGUGAGAUGAAGAAGCUGAUAACGAGGGAACUUGCCAACACCAUCAAGAAUACCCAAGACCCAGCUACCAUUGACAGAAUCUUCCAGGAUCUGGAUGAUAAUCAAGACGGACAGGUCGACUUUAGGGAAUUCCUGUUACUGGUGGCCUCUGUGCUGGAGACAGCCCACAAGAACCUCCACCGAGAGUAGCCACCUCUCUGAGAGCCUUUUCCCCAUGUCCUGAGGCGUCUGUUUCCCCCUCACCACAGCCCUGCUUGGCCUGACGGGAGUGAGGGUUAAUAAAAAUUAAUUUCACGAAAAAUU